CUAAAGCUGAGUACUCUAAACAAAAGUUUUGGGCACUGCAAUUAUCAGAUGUGGAAAAGAUGAGGAGACAACAAGCUAAGAAACAGAACCUGACACGUUACUUCACAGAAUUGGUUGCAUACCUGGUCUUCGUUUUCUUGCUAAUGGCAGUGUGCUAUGGAAAUAGAAAUGAUCAUCGGUACUUGAUGACGAAAUCAAUCAGAGAUGGACUACCAAGCUUCAGCAGGGUGAAAAACAACACUAUGUACUGGAACUGGUUACAGAAAGUUUACAUCCCAGGAGUGUUUUCCGGCAGAUGGUACAACGGUCAAGAGGAGAAGAAAACAAUGUACAUUGGUAAUAAACACUCUCUUCUUGUCGGCAUGGCUCGAGUAAGGCAACUCAGAGUGAGAUCGACACAAUGUAAAGUCCCGAACUAUAUCGAAGAAUGUUUCGAGGGAUACUCGAUAGAGAACGAAGACAAGGCCACGUACAAUAAACCAGGCUGGAGGCCUGUUGAGAAUGUUACGAGGAAUGACGAGUUGCUACGUCUUUGCCCGAGGCCAUGGCGAUAUCAACAUGUUGAUGACACCGACACUAUACUUAGGUGGGGACAGUUCUCCUAUUAUCAUGGAGGAGGAUUUGUAGCAGACCUCGGAUAUCAGAAUCAUACAGGAUUCCGCAUAGUAACAGAUUUACAAAAAAAUAGUUGGCUUGACAGAAAAACUCGAGUGGUCAUCGCAGAGUUUUCUACGUUUAAUCCAUCAGUAAAUGUUUUAGGUGUUGCCACAUACUUUUACGAGGUUCAAACAUCUGGGCUGAAAACAGCUUCUAUGCAAAUUCACAGUCUGUCAAUUGAUUCUACUGACACUUCCUCUAAUCAGUUUUAUUCGAUUUGCACGUUUCUCUUCAUUGUAUCUAUGCUUUUGUAUUUUGGGAGAGAAAGCUUGAGGCUUUAUAGUCAUCGUUCUCGAUAUUUUAAGUCCAUAUGGAAUUGGAUCGAGAUAUUCCAAAUUUUUUUCUCUCUGUUUGCCGUGGUGACUUAUAUGAUACGACAGAGUAAAGUUAUUUCAACGAUGGGCAAAGUGCAUAAAAACAUUUACGCAAAUCCAAGUUUUCAAGAAGCUAUCACUUGCCAAGAAGUAGAAAACGCCUUCCUUGGUAUCCUGAUUUUCAUCGCCACUACCAAGCUCUUGCGAAUCAUUCGCUUCAACAAUCAUGUUGCUCUAAUCUCCAAAACAUUGAAGAUAUCUGCACGAUCUUUGAUCUGGUUUAGUUUUGUUUUUCUAAUUUUCUUUGUUGCAUUUUUGCACUUCGGUGUCUUGAUGUUUGGUUGUGUAUCUGAGCGCUACUCUUCGGUGCUAAAAGGAGCUUAUUUCCAACUUGAGCUAACUCUUGGUCGAGUGAAAGCUAGACCAAUCAAUGAACUAGCAGAGGCCAACACCAAAUACGCCAAAGUAUUCGCGUUUUUAAUUCUUUUUACUCUUUCUAUCCUCUGGAUGAACUUUUUUAUUGGCAUAAUCAAAGAUGCCCUUUCGGAUGCCAAGAACAAUGUGAACGAAAAUGAGCUGUAUAAACUUAUUGAUGAGGACCGUUGCCCGACCUCAGAAAAAAGAAAAGAAUUUUUCGAUGCAAUCAGUAAGACACUGAGUCAGUCGAGAGCCUCUCAAAAAUCAGUAGAAGUGAAAGAAAAACAAUCAGAAAACGUUGGCCUUUACUCCAAGAACCAUUCCAAUCUAAACUUUGAUUUAAUAAGUCAGGCUAUCGUAGCCUCGAGGGAGAAAAGGUCUAAAGGGACAAUGAAUAAACAACAAUACAGAACGAGGAAACAAUCACUUUUUGACAAGAUAAGCAACAUGUUAAAAUCUCUGAAAGGUGAAAGCAAUGACGAAUGUAGAAAACGUACACAAAAAAAGAAAGUACGAUUCCAAGAGGAUAUCGUUGAGUCUUCUCUCUGCAAAUUACGUAGGAGAAAGCAUGACCUGUUACAACGGCUCGAGAGAAUUGUGUCAGGGUUCUCAGAAGAAGACGAAGAUUUUCAUUAUUUAUUAAAAACAGCAGAGGUUCGUCACUUCAAGGGUUAGAGACAAUAAUAAGAAUAUGUGAAAGAAAGUAAAUAACUAUAUAAAAAAUCAUGCAGAUAGAUAGACAGACAA